GCUGGGGCUGUCCGAGACCGGAAGUGAGGACCGCUGUCAGUAGUCUGUAGCUGGGACUCAUUUGAGGGGGUCAUCGUUGCCACUCCCACGCGUGCUCGGGCUCCCCGGCUAUGGGCUCGAGAGGAGGCCUGCUGUGGAGGCAGUUGCUGAUCGCGCUCCUGCCGGGCAUCUGCCUGGGCCAGGGCCACUUCUUCCCCGCCGACGGCGGUGGUGGCCUGGACUCAGUAACGCCAGCGCUGGAGCUCCGACGCCACCCGGUUGUGCUGUCGGAGCAGCAGGUUCUGGAGGCGCAGGACUUGUCCCUAUCGCUGCUGCGGGGCCAGGGGCUGGGCCCGCUGUCGCUGUCGCUGCCCUCUGAUCUGCCCGAGCUGGAGCCCGAAUGCCGGGAGCUGCUGCUGGACUUCGCCAACAGCAGCGCGGAGCUGACGGGAUGCCUGGUGCGCAGCGCCCGGCCCGUGCGCCUCUGCCAGAGCUGCUUUCCGCUCUUUCAGCAAGUCACCAGCAAGAUGGACAACAUCAGCCGAGCAGUCGGGAAUAUGUCAGAGAGCCAUAAUUGUGCCAAAAAUCUCUUGAUGUCAGACAGGGUGCAAAUUGUGGUGAUUCUAUCUGAAUUUUUUAAUGCCACAUGGCAGGAAGCAAAUUGUGCAAAUUGUUUAACGAAUAACAGUGAAGAACUAUCAAACAGCACAAUUAAGUUCCUUGAACUGUUCAAUCAUACUUUGACAUGCUUUGAGCAUAACCUUCAGGGAGAUUUGACCAAUUUUCUCCAGCAAAAAAAUUACACAGAAGUAUGCAAAAACUGCCAGGAAAUAUACAAAUCCCUGAGUAGAUUGUAUAGUGAGAUGCAAAAAAUGAAUGAUCUCAAGAAUAAGGCUGACUCUGGAACACAGCUAUGCAUUGAUGUGGAAGAUGCAAUGAAUAUUACUCGAAAACUUUGGAGUCGAACUUUCAACUGUACAAUGCCCUGCAGUGAUACAGUUCCUGUAAUUGCUGUUUCAGUAUUCAUUCUCUUUUUACCAGUAGUUUUCUAUCUUAGUAGCUUUCUUCACUCGGAGCAAAAGAAAAGAAAACUCAUUCUGCCCAAGCGUCUUAAAUCUAGUACCAGCUUUGUUACCUUUCAAGAAAAUUCAAACUAAAGCCAAAAAAAGUGGAACUGAAAUUAUAUCCCAUGAGUAAUUGGAAGAGGAAACAACCCACGCAGAAAGAAGAUAACAAGUCCAUGUAUGUUUGAACCAUUAUUAACUAUUGAACCAUUAUUGAAUUAUUAUUGACUGCCAAAUGAAUUAGCUAAAAGUUCUAAUAGAUCAAAUUCUUGACUGUGGAGCUACAUGGGGAUUUUAAGCUCAAUUUAAAAUGAGACUAAACUCUUCCCAUAGUUUUUGAUAUUUAUUUUGGAGUCUCUUUUUUGGGUUAAGAUUUUUGUAUUUACCAUAUGUGUCAAUAGUUAUCUACCUUACAAUGUUUUUGUAAAGUAAUAUAAAUAAAAUGUAAAAAUAGUCUUUGUUUAAAGGCAGAUGGUUCCUAUUUAACCUUAAAGGCCAAAUAUCUCAAACAGGAAAACAAACAAUUUUAAAAUCUAGAUAUUUGAUUUAUAAUUAGCAAAUCUUUUAUUUGUUGAUCUUAAUGAUUUGCAUCCAAGAUUUAGAAAAGGAAAUAUGCUCCCUUUUCAUAUAAGGGGUAAGAAUUCCUUCAGUUAAGCACUAAGAAGAAUAAGUGUUCCCACUAUUUCACAUUUCCUGUAAUGGAAUUCAGCAAAAGAUUUAAGUACUCUCCACUGUAGUACUAUUCAACAUUUACUAAGAUAUAUCUGAUUUCUUGGACAUCUGCAUACAAUAUUUAAUUAAAAUUUCUAUUUUUAUUAAAGUAAUUUUUGAAACUUCUUAACUUUAAACUUUUCCAAUAAUUUAUAAAAGACAAUAAAUCAUAUUAGUAUGUAAAUCAAGGAAAAGAUUUAUGGUAAUUGCCUUGUUCUUACUUGCCUUUUAAAAAUAGUAUUAAUGUUGUGUUUUUGUCUUUAUUUUAAAACAAAUUGGUAUUGUCCAACUACUGUCAUUUAAGUUUUAAUAACCCAGGGCAAAAAGAUGUUCUUUGCUAUAAGGGAACUGUAUUUUUAAUCAAAUUUUACUGCCUGUCACCUUAUUGAUUUAUGAUAGCAUUAAUUCAAAUAAAACCAUAAUUAUUAUGUUCUAAAAAUUGUAGCUAAAAAUUUACAUCCAGACUAGUAGAAAGAUGUAUGUGCAGGGUUUGGAAAGGAGAAGGGAAUAAGACAAGGGAAAUCCAAGCCACUUUAGUGACUCAGUAGGAAUAUUUAAUUUACUCUGUUAUUAAACUACUAAUGCUUGAUGGCACAAAACUAAGUGACUCAAAACAAGUAGUAUAUUAACAUAAUACUUUAAUUUUCAUAAUUCUGUUUAAAUGUAUAUGAUGUGAUUGAAAUGAAGUUAGAAAUUCUCACCAAGAUUAAUUUUAAUCUUUUUUUCUAAUAUUCAGUUUAAUUUUAAAAAAUAGCUCAGUAUUAGUAUUUGGCAGCUAUUCUCAGGUUUUUAGAGUUAGAGUACUUUAUUAAUGCUUUUUUUUUUCAUUUUGCUAUUGUUUGACUUAAGAAAAUAUAAAAAUAAUUGUUCUUUGUAGAAAUUCAUUUUUGGUAAAACAGUAAGAAAUUUCAUUUUCAUGUCUAAGUUAUAUGUAUGGUAUAUGAGAGAAGGCUGAUUCUUGACUGUUGAAUAGAAAACAAGUAUUUGUUCUUGCCUGGGCUCCAUUCCUAAACUUUCUGGAUUUGUUCAGCUGCCACCUUCCAUGCUGUUCCUAAUAGCAUUAUCUUGAUUUGAAGAAUCAUAUGAUUGAAUGCUGUUGAAAGCAUCUUUUAUUAAUCCUAAUAAAACCAGUUUACAUGUCCAAAGUUAGAGAAUAACAGCUUUGAUACUCUAAGUAGUGGCUUCCGAGCUAAGUAGUCAUGAAAAUCAUUACUUUUGGAUAUGGUAAAUAAGCACUUUAAAAAUGAAAGAGCAGCCUUCAUUUUUCUUUUGACUGACUUGUGAGUUUCGAAAUGGCAGUUGCAACAAACCAGAAAUAAUUCUGUUUCAAUAUUUAAUUAUUGUAUAAUCAUUGCAUAGUUCUACAUUCUGGAACCAUAGUAUAUAUAUAUAUAUAUAUAUAUAUGUACUCCUAAAAUAUAUUAAUUUGUUUUAAUGUGGUAGGUUUAAAAAUAAAUUAUCUAAAGAAAAUUUCAGUACUGCUUUUGAUUUUUUAAAAAACUACCAUUUUUCCAGGUUGUAAUUUCAUAAUGUACUUUACUGACUUUUCAGAGCCUUCUUUGAAUAUUAGUUAUUUGUAUUCCAACUAAAAUAAAAGGCAUUUCAAUUUUGGGUUAACAUUUUAUUUUAAACAUAAAAAUUAUAUGUAAAACUGAAAUGUUAUGCACUAUCAAUGUAGCUGAAUCUGAUCUCUGUUUAGUAACUUAUUUCUGCUGAAUCUGAUCUCUGUUUAGUAAUUUAAUUCUAAUAGAACCAAAUGUUUUUGUAUUAGCAUAUGGGCAGUUUACAUUUCCCAUCUUUUUUUUUUUUUCCCAUUUUUCUUAAAACCACAUCAAACAAUGCUGGGUAAACAGAGAUGCUGGACUCAAAUUCUGGCUCUGCUAAAUUGCAAAUACUACUUGUACGACCUUAGACAAAUACUUAAUUUCUUUCUAUAAACAGAAACUUUUGACAAGAUCAUCUCAGAGGUCCCUUCUCAUUUCAUCAUCCUUUAGUCCAUUUUCCCUAGGAAUAGCAUUAAAAUUGGUAGUCCUGUUCCAGGCCAAGGAUCAUACAUGAUGAACAAUAUGUCAGAAGAGCAGAGAUAAUAACAAUAGAAAAUAUCUUUAAGAACAUAAUAAAAUUAUGCUCCAAGUUAUAGAAUUUAAGAGUUGCAAUGAAUUUUAGAGAUUAACUGAACUAACCUCAUUUUAUAGAAGAAAAAAUUAGGCCCAGAGGGAUAAGAAAGAUGACUUUGUCUAAGGGCACAUUAAGCUCACCAUACCAUACUGCCAGUUACAUAUAUGGUUUUUGUUGUUGAUGUUGUUGUUUGUUGUUGUUUUUUUGUUGUUUCUUUUUUAUAAGGCAAUUGGGAUUAAGUGACUUACCCAGGGUCACACAGCUAGGAAGUGUUAAGUGUCUGAGACCAGAUUUGAAUGCAUGUUGUUCAAGUUGAACUUCAAGGCUGGUGCUCUAUUCCCUGUGCCACCUACCUGCCCCGAUAUGUAUGUUUUAAUAAACAAAGAUAAAUCAAGAAACUUCAAUAUUAUAGUGAAUUGUAUAUGUACCAUAUUAGAAAAGACAUUUGUAUUAUAAAUGUGAUAUAUCUAAAACUUAUAUGAUAGCUAUAAUAAAUAUGCUUAACAGUUUCUGUUGCCUUAGAAUUUGUAAGGUUUUGUUGGGGUGGAGUGGGACAAAAGACUUAGAUGGGCCAUCACAUCUUAUUCUUUAAAAUUUAUUAAUAUAUUUUGUUUUGACACAAUGAUCCCAUCCCACUACCUCCUCCCACAUAAGUCUUUGCCUGGAGAAAAACAAAAAGUUAAGCAAAACUCAUAUAGUGAUUGUGAAAAAUAGAAUAUGUAACAUUCUGCAAUUAGUUUAUUUUUUCUUCUUAGAGAAGAAAUGUGUUUUAUUCUUACUAUAAGGGAGAGAAAUGUGCUUUAACAUCAAUGAUCUGGAACCAACAAAAAUUGUAUUUGAUCUGAAUUCUAUUUUCUUUUAGUAUUCAUUUCUAGGUCCUAAUUGUCUGGCUUCUUCCUCCAAGGCUGAAUUUAGGAGUUAUUUCAUCCAUAGAGUCUUCUGUAACUUUCUCUACCUUUUCCCUUACUACCUGCAAUUAAAAAUGCUUUUUCCUGCCUCAGA